AUGGCAGGCCCCAGAGUCAGCAUGCUGCGGUGCUGGGCGGCCCCUCUGCUCCUGCUGGCGCUCCAGGGCGCCUGGGGGUGCUCAGACCUCAUCUGCUACACCGACUACUUCCAGACGGUCACCUGCUUCCUGGAGACGAGGCCCCUCCCCCCCAGCAUGCUCACCCUCACCUGGGACGACCCGUACGGAGAGCUGGAGGACGAGGUCACCUCCUGCAGCCUGCUCCGGUCCGCGCACAACGCCACGCACGCCAAGUACACGUGCCUCAUGGACGUGUUCCGCUUCAUGGCCGACGACAUCUUCAGUGUCAACAUGACAGACCCGCCCGGCAACCGCUCCCAGGAGUGCGGCAGCUUCGUCCUGGCCGAGAGCAUCAAGCUGUCGCCUCCUUCCAACGUGACCGUGACCUUCUCGGGACAGUAUAACAUCUCCUGGAGCGCCGCUAGCGAUGUGUACCCGCUCAGGGGCAAACUGCAGUACGAGCUGCAGUACAGGAAGCAGGGGGACCCCUGGACGCAGCCUCCGGGGAGGAAGCUGGUCUCCGUGGACGUGAGGAGCGUCGCCCUCCUGCCCCUGGAGUUCCACGCAGGCUCCAGCUACGAGCUGCAGGUGCGGGCGGGGCCCCAGCCCGGCUCCUCCUUCCGGGGGGCCUGGAGCGAGUGGAGUGACCCGGUCCUCUUCCACACCCAGCCGGAAGAGCCAAAGGGAGGCUGGCACGCGGACCUGCUCUACCUCUUCCUGGUCCUCACGCUCCCCAUCCUCGUCUACUUGGGACUGAAGAUCCGCCUGCCCUGGAGGCUGUGGAAGGUGUGGGUGCAGGUGCCCAGCCCAGAGCCGUUCUUCCAGCACCUGUAUGUGAGCCACAGCGGGAACUUCAAGAAAUGGGUGGGCACGCCCUUCACUGCCUCCAGCCUGGACCUGCACCCCUGGAGCCCUGGGGUGCCCUCGCCCUUGGAGAUGUACCACGGCGGCCCCACACCAAGCGCAGCCCUGGGGCCGGAGACCACGGUGCUGCCCGCGCCUGCAGAUCUGGUGGAAACCGACGGCGCCCCUGAGCCGGAGCCGGAGCCAGAGCCGGAGCCGGCGCCGGGCUCCUGGGGCCCUGCCCCCGGCACUGGCAGUGCGGGCAGCUCAGCGUACAGCCAGGAGGGCGACCGGCCUUAUGGCCUGGUGUCCAUCGACACGGUGACUGUGGUGGGCGCGGAGGAGCCGUGCGCCUGGCCGUGCACCUGCGGGGAGGAUGGCUACCCCACCCUGAACCUGGACGCCGGCCUGGAGCCCAGCCCGGGCGCUGAGGAUCCGCUCCUGGGCCCGGGGGACACGGUCCUGUCCUGCGGCUGUGUGGCGGCCGGCGGCCCUGCUGGGCUGGGGGGCCUCCUGGGCGGCCUCCUGGACAAACUGAUGCUGCCCCUCGAAGACGAGGCGGGCUGGGCGCCAGGGCCGCCCUGGGGCGCGGGGCCGCCCCGAGGGGCGUCUGACAGCGAGGCGGGCUCGCCCCCCGCCGGCCUGGACAUGGACACGUUCGACAGCGGUUUCGCGGGCUCUGACUGCGGCAGCCCCGUGGAGUGCGACUUCAGCGGCUCCAGGGACGAGGGGCCCCCCAGGAGCUACCUCCGCCAGUGGGUGGUCAUGGCCCCUCCGCCUGCGGGGCCGGGGCCCCAGGCCAGCUAG